CACCCUAGCGUGAUCAGAUAAGAUCAAGAUCCAGCGUUGCUGCAGUUCCCCUCACUGUUACCCUGAUCAUCAGACCAUCCGGAUUCCAAUGUGAGGGGAGGAUUCUUGGCGUAGCUUCCUGCUGAACAGAUCCCUUUCUUCAAAGCUCCAUUUCUGCUUUAAAUCCCUACUAUACACACCUCGCCUUUUUAUAUUCAAGGCGAACGCUCAUCAUGAAGGGUCUUGACCGAGGUCUCGCUCUCGUCUCCACACUAGCUCUGCUCUUCCUCCAAGCUGUAGCGGUCCCCCUUUCAGCUGCCGAAAAUGCCUCCCCCGACCAGGCAGUCCUAGGCGAUACUUACAGCUUUCCCUCGACCUCUGAGAACAACGUUGACGUUUUCGACAAAGAUCCAGAGGCAGCAGCCGCACCAUCAUGGUUCACCUCCACCCUGAUGGCCCGCCGACUCCUCGCUCUCUCCACCACCGGUGUCGCCUCCACCAUUUUCUCACACAACCCGAAGGACGUUCACGUCCCAGCCGCUGUGGCCGGCCUAUCCAUCAGCCAGAAAGAAUACGUCUCAGACUGCGACGAGGCCCUCCCCCCUACAAGCGGUAACGGCGGCAACGGCGACCCGACCUUCCUCGCCCUCGAAGUCGAAACCACCUUCCGCAACACUGCUGCAGGCUCUAACAUCAGCAUCACCCUCGAUUGGUGGGACCACUUGAAUGAGACUGAGCCGCUCUGGCCCGGCUUCCCGCUCAGCCCUGCCGGUCUCCCCCGCGUUACUCUCUUCGGGUACGUCGAGCCCUUCCCGAACCCUGCCCCGGAGGACACGGAGGCGGCUCUUCGGUCUUGCUAUCUUAAAGCUCACCCCGAUGCCCGGGUGUGGCUGCCGGAGCGGCCGGGCUCACCGCACAGAAGCCACUGGGUCCGCAUGGUUGUCACUCACGUUUACUGGAUCGGUGGCUUCGGCGGGUUCCAGCGGAUUGGGUGGAUGAAUGUGACCGAGUGGAAGGGUAUUCGGAGGGAGGAGAGUUUGCCGGGUAUUGGGGAUGGGCGGGGCUGGGAGGAUGUGAGGCUUCCUGGCGAGAAAGGGUAUUGAUGGCGUCGAUGGAUGACUUGAGAGCUACUGGUGGCUUGUGCUAUUAUCAGUGAUAGACUGACCAGGAUUCAUUUGGGUGAG